AAGAAAAGUGAAAUCUCUCGGAAUACCAUGUUUUGAAGACAAAUCAACAUUUCUAAGUAUUGUGCAAAAAACAUUGGAUGUUAUAAUAAAUUACGACAUGAUAUUAUCAAGGACUACGGUCGAAGACAUCUGCAUCAUUGUUGAAAAUGAAGACAUUGAGUUGUAUAAUGACAUUCUAAGACUUCUUUUAAAUACAACCAUUUCGAAGACAAGAAGUUCAGAAAAUUUGAAGAAUUUCUGUUCAUGGCCCAGGCCUCAGAUUACUUGCGGGAUUUUGGAUCAUGAGUUCAUAUUGAAUGGUAUUUCUGUCUGCCUUCUCAAUGAUGAUAUAUUAGAUGUACAGGCUGAUGCAAUCGUGAAUAGCACAAACGCUCUUUUAGACCUUAAUAAAGGACAGCUGUCAAAAAUGAUCCUCAGAAGAUGUGGACAAAAUCUUGUUCAGGAAUGUUCGAGAAAACGUAAAGUAUUAAACACACACACACCCCCAAACACCCACCCACACCGCGGACAAGUUGUGUAG